AUGGAGGGAGAGAGUAGAUACGUCAAGGAUGAAGAGGGUGUCAGUGGAUGUGAGGACUGUGUCAUCAUCAAUGAGACCUGCAGUGACCUGUCCUCAGACACUAACAAUGUUCCCUUGACCCACGUCUUGGAGGCAGUCUGCACGGUGGAGAGCAGAGACUGCAGAGCAAGCUCACGACCAUCCAAGAGGAAGGUCUCCAGCACGAUUGCAGACAUUCAGGACCUGACAGGAGACCGAGAUGAAGGUAGAGACGGCGAGGUGGAGGUCAGCAGUGGCUCUGGCACUCCAGUGAUGCCCAAACUCUUCUGGGAGGCCCGGACACCCUCUAAGUCCCCAGCAUCCCUGAGUUGGCAAGCUACCACUUCAGCAAGCAUGUCAUGGCUGUCGCCUGCCAGCCCUUACCCCACCAUUGACCUCACAGAGGAAGAAGUGAUACCCCAGAGCAUCAGUACCCCACUGGUUGACUUGAGCCAGCACAGCUAUCUGGAGGGCAUGGAUACCACACAGGUGGAUGUGGAAAGCAGAGAUGGAGAUAACACCACGUAUCAGACGGAUGGCUUUUCCUGGUGGCCUGCCAUGAUGGUGUCCUGGAAAGCCACCUCCCAGCACCAGGCCAUGCUUGGCAUGCAAUGGGGAUGGUGGUUUGGUGAUGGCAAGUUUUCUGAGGUCUCUGCUGACAAACUGGUGGCCCUUGGCCCUGGGUUGUUUAGCCAGCAUUUUAACUUGGCCACCUUCAAUAAACUGGUUCCUUAUAGGAAGGCCAUAUACCACACUCUGGAGAGAGCCAGGGUGCGAGCUGGCAAGACCUUCCCCAGCAGCCCGGGAGAGUCGCUGGAGGACCAGCUGAAGCCCGUGCUGGAGUGGGCCCAUGGCGUCGAGGGCCUCAAGCCAAACAACGAACAACCAGAGAACAAAGGUCGAAGACGCACAACCAAUGACUCUGCCGCGUCUGAGUACUGUCCCACACCCAAGCGCCUCAAGACAAACAGCUAUGGAGGGAAAGACCGAGGGGAGGAUGACGAGAGCCGAGAAGGGAUGGCUUCUGACGUCACCAACAACAAGGGCAAUCUGGAAGACCGCUGUUUGUCCUGCGGUAGGAAGAACCCUGUGUCCUUCCACCCCCUCUUUGAGGGUGGGCUCUGUCAGAGUUGCCGGGAUCGCUUCCUGGAGCUCUUCUACAUGUAUGACGAGGACGGCUAUCAGUCCUACUGCACUGUGUGCUGCGAGGGCCGGGAGCUGCUUCUGUGCAGCAACACGAGCUGCUGCAGGUGCUUCUGUGUGGAGUGUCUGGAGGUGCUGGUGGGUACAGGGACAGCUGAGGAUGCCAAGCUGAAGGAACCCUGGAGCUGCUAUAUGUGCCUCCCACAGCGCUGCCAUGGGGUCCUCAGGCGCAGGAAGGAUUGGAACAUGCGCCUGCAAGACUUCUUCACUACUGAUCCUGACCUCGAAGAAUUUGAGCCGCCCAAGUUGUACCCAGCAAUUCCUGCAGCCAGGAGGAGGCCCAUUAGAGUCCUGUCCCUGUUUGAUGGAAUUGCCACAGGGUACUUGGUGCUCAAAGAGUUGGGUAUCAAAGUGGAAAAGUACGUCGCCUCCGAAGUUUGUUCAGAGUCCAUCGCUGUGGGAACCGUUAAGCAUGAUGGCAAUAUCAAAUACGUGGAUGACAUCAGGAACAUCACAAAGGGAGAUGUUGAUGAGUGGGGCCCAUUCGACUUGGUGAUUGGUGGAAGCCCUUGCAAUGACCUCUCCUGUGUGAAUCCUGUCAGGAAAGGCCUGUUUGAGGGCACCGGCCGACUCUUCUUCGAGUUUUACCGGUUGCUGAAUUACUCACGCCCUGAGGAGUGUGACAACCGUCCGUUCUUCUGGAUGUUUGAGAAUGUGGUGGCCAUGGAGGUUGGUGACAAGAGGGACAUCUCACGAUUCCUGGAGUGCAACCCAGUGAUGAUCGAUGCCAUCAAGGUUUCUGCCGCGCAUAGGGCCCGAUACUUCUGGGGCAACCUCCCUGGGAUGAAUAGGCCCGUGAUAGCUUCAAAGAAUGAUAAGCUCGAGCUGCAGGACUGCUUGGAGUUCAGUAGGACAGCAAAGUUAAAGAAAGUACAGACAAUAACCACCAAGUCGAACUCCAUCAGACAGGGGAAAAACCAGCUUUUCCCUGUAGUCAUGAAUGGCAAGGACGAUGUUUUGUGGUGUACUGAGCUCGAAAGGAUCUUUGGCUUUCCUGCGCACUACACUGACGUGUCCAACAUGGGCCGUGGCGCCCGCCAGAAGCUGCUGGGAAAGUCCUGGAGUGUGCCAGUCAUCAGACACCUCUUUGCCCCCUUGAAGGACUACUUUGCAUGUGAAUAGUUCUACCCAGGACUGGGGAGCUCUGGGGUCUUGGGGCUAAUGCCAGCUGUUAGGAGUCAUACUGAUCCUCGAAGCACCCCAGCUCUGAGCUUCCUUAGCUCGCCUCUGUGGGGUCUCACUAUAUCCUCAGUUCUCUUCUGCUCAGUGGUAGCAGAGCCUCCUGGCCCUACAGGGGAACCCUACUUGUGCACAGCUCAGAUCUGGCAUCUUACAGUGGCCCAACACGGUUCUCAUGUUUUCCCAGUUUAAAACUUUACAACCAACCCGGGCGGUGGUGGCGCACGCCUUUACUCCCAGAGCUCAGGAGGCAGAGGCAGACGGAUCUCUCUGAGUUCGAGGUCAGCCUGGUCUACAGAGCAAGUUCCAGGACAGCCAAGGCUACACAGAGAAACUCUGUACUGAAAACCCCAAACCAAACCCCCAAAACCAGAGUCAUGUGACAACAUGGGAGAAACUGUGCUUUGUUUCAACAGUUUUUCCUGACAAAUGACAGAUGAAUAGUGUACCCUUUCGUUUAAUUAAAAUCAAUAUUUCUCAUCUGUA